AUGGAACGUCUGGAAGGCCAUAAGCAUACCCACAUCCCCUUCCAUGCUGGAGAAUUCCAGCACGACAGCCGUUACCAGGAGCAUCGAAGUCCUCAGUGGAACAUAUCGAACGAAUCCUCGCCCUCCAUCGCACAGCGCCGUGUUGCUCCAAAUACAUCAGAUGGGGCCCACGACAGCCUGGUGGGCAAUGAUGAUGAUAUUGUCUUCAUCAGCCACUCCGACACCGUCUCGCCGCCUCCGUCCGAAGGCGCGGGAUCUAACGGCACCGUUAUGAACCGGAAGCCGACCAGCAUCGCCCCACCGCCGAUGUUGCCCGGAAGCGCAUUCACGCUGACUUCGAGCAACAUAACUAUCCACAAUCUGGAAAGCCAGCCAUCUGGGGCACGCACCAUCUACGAGUGGAUGCAUGGUCGCCGGUGUCCCGGUGAUUUCGACGUCAAGGAUAUCUCUUCCAAAGCGAGCAUCAAGGUCCGCUGUCCCUCUCGCGUCAGUCACUCGACUGCAACCCAUGAUGACAACUACGGCAUGGUGAACCACGAGUCCGAGUCUUUCGUCACGGGCGCUGGCGACUGGGCUGCUGAGACUUCUCUGCCGGCCGAUUUUCGCGAACUCGACUUGUAA